AAAAAGUGUUGAUCAUUUAUUCACACCAUACAGGCGCUAUAAAUAAAUUUGUAUUCAUAUAUAUAUAUAUAUGAAUAUGCAGGGUCUAUAGAAUUUACUUCAUUCCAAAUAUAUUUAUCAAUAUAAUAACAAAUUCACUUAUUUAUUGGUUCAUCUGUUUACCAAGCUCUCUAUAUAUAUACAUUUAUGUAUUUGAAGAUUUUUCAUGUAAGAAAGAAUAAAUCCUGGCCGAAUUAAAUAAGUGGACAACUGGAAAUCAAUAUUCAUUGUCUAAGCCUACCAUUACUACAAAUACUAACAAUAAGCAUAGUUAUACUACUAGCAACAAUAUCAGUAGUAGUCAUAUCGAUAGUGGUAAACAGCAAAGGAUAAAUUAUUUCCAACAAAUUGGAUAUAAACAGAAACCUAAAAAUAUUUCUUGGCAACAUGCUAAUCGUAAUAUCAUAAUCAAUGAAGAGCUUACAGAGAAUGAGGAGAGUGAGUAUACAUCAACUGACAACAUCGUUACGGUUAACAAUAGAUACGCAACAUAUCAGUACAAUCCUAUUAGGGAGGCAAACAAUAUGGUUGUUGUGUCAGAGAAAGAAAAAAAAGAAGAAGGAGAAGAAUUGGAAACGCAGGCGAAGGCGGGGAUUUCAACUGAGAAAAGAAUUCUGGAUAUCAGUUCCGAUGACAGUACUAGUUUAAAUUAUUCCCAGAUGAAUACUACUAGUCACUUUUAUGCAUAUACAAAUCAAUCAGCUGGUAUGCCCUAUUCACUUCCAAUGCCAGUACUUGUACCAGUCCCUAUUAUUACUCCAUAUCUAACUACAAACUACCAGAAUGCAAUAAUGAACUCAUCAAAAUGUUGCCUAGUUACCGGAAAUCAUAUUCAUGAAAGGGAAUUGGUAUCUUCCAAUCAAUUAGUGCUUGGUGUAAAAUUACCAUUCUCUGCAUUGGAUUCACAAAUUCGCGCCAAACCACCUCCAUUUGUAAGAAUUCCUGAAUCGCUACCACCACCUACAUCUGUGUAUCUACACCAUCAUCAUCAUCAUUAUCAUUAUCAUCCUCUUCAACAACAAAAAAAGAAUUUAUCAUCAUUAUCACAAUCACAACAGAUUGAUGACAGUAUUAGGCGACAUGAUAGUUCUUCUUCGAUAUCCAUAUUAUCAAUUAAUGAGACAGAGAUUAUUUCAAAUGAAUUCAUUGACUUAAAAUCUACAAAUCUUUACAUGAAUUCUAGGAACAAUCACCAUUAUACUAACACAUUAACUAUCAAUAAUAAUACUGGUGAUAGUAACUCAUCAAUGAAUAAGAAUCAUAAAAUAUUUCCACCUUCGACAUCUCUAUCACAACAACAAUCUAUGAAAGAAACAUUAGUAACCGUAGAAUCACGAAUACCCUUACCAAACAACUCUACAACGACUUCAAUUAAUAAUCCCACAGAAUUAUUAGUAAUGAAUGAGAUAACCAAUAGAAAUUUUAAGCCAAGAGUUGCAUUUAUUGAACCAAUCAAUGAACAAUUAAAUAAUGAUAAUCAUUCAUUAUGCUCAAUACUCAAUGAUGAUACAGACAGUCAAUUGAAUCGUGAAUCAAUUGAUGAAACAAGACAAAUAAACAAUGAAAAGAGACGAGUUAAUAAGCUGAAAUUAAGUCUUUCAGCUAGAUUCCCAGGUUGGGGAGUAAUAACAGACGAUGAUGAAGACGAUGACGAUGAUAAUGUUGCUACUAAUAUGAAUAAUACUCAAUAUGACCAGAAAUCAACACUUGUAGAGAAACCAAUAGAACAGACUGUCUCCAAAAAUCUUGAAUCCAAGAAAAAGGAUGAAGAUAUUCAAGGCGAAAAGAAACAAGAGAAAAAGGCAAGCAGUACAGAUCUCAAUAAAAAUGAUACUAAGAAUAAUAGUAGCCCUGUGUUACCGCUGAAAUCACAAUCGAAUACUGACCAAUACACCAGCUCUAGAAUGUCUAACAUAACAGAUAUAACCACUGAACAACCCUAUUAUCAACAACAUCAUCAUCUUCAUGAAAGCCAAUACCAACUACCAUUACAGAAAUCAAUUGAAAAACACCGUAGUUCAUCGAUAUUAACACAACCACGUAAAUCACUUGCUAUGAUUUUUUCACAAAUUAGUAAUAAUCUGGGUUUCACUCCACAAUCUACAGCUUCCUCACCAUCUCCACAAUAUCCGGAUGAUCAAUAUGUUUCACAGUUUACAUUAAAUUCACAUAGUAUACCACGUAGAAAAUGGUCAAAUCAUAUUACUAUUAAGCGUAAUAAUAGUCAGAUUACUGAGAAUAUAUUGAACACUGAACAAUUAGUAGAUAAUUAUUUAAAAUCUCCACCGUCUAGUUAUCAACAUCAUAAAAGUUUUGAUGAGUCAAUACGAGCUAAUGACACAUCAAAUCAACGUUUAAUAGAACGUGGUAUUUUAAACACCUUAAUGAGUGGUAAUCAUCAUCGUCAAAGUAGGAAUAACAGUUCAAUAGGUACAAUGUCCAAUAUACACUUGAAUAAAAGUGGUAGUCAGUUAAACGCUACACUAGCAAGUGGUAAUAAUACAAUGUCAACGUCAGUAGAUCGAUCGAUUAUUGUUGAUUUAUUAUGUUGUACAUGUUGUACAAACUCAGAUGAAGAAGAUGAAGCUUAUUCAAAUCUGAUUGAAAAUCAUCGGUUAGCGCGAAUAGUUACAAUGGGAGCAAUACUGACUAUACUGGGUUUAAUAUUUGCAUAUAUCAUACGUUCAGCAACAGAACCUCAAAAUAUGCCUGGUACAACAACAUCAUCAACGACAGGUUUCCUUUCAUCUGCUUCUACUGGCUCCAUUUUGAAUAUUACAGAUUUAGAUGUAGGUCAACAAGUAUCAAAAUUGUCCAGGAACCUGUCUAAUUUAACUGACCCACUUGAAGAAGUGAUGUCAACUGAUGUCUUGGAGCACUUUCAUCGACUAACUCAUGUAAAUAGUACUGCUAAUAUUGAUGACAGCAAUAAUUUAGUCAAUUUAUUGAAUCACACAAGUGUUAAGAUACUCAAUUCAACUUCAAGUUUCUUAUUUUCAUCCUCCCCCUCUCCGCCUCCACUAUUAACACCUCACUUUCCUCCAUCUUCGUAUUUUAGUCAGAAUUUUAGUAGUAUGGACUCUGUAUACAAUCGUCCACCGUGAAUGAUAAUCAUGUGUAUACAGUUUGUGUAUUUAGUAUUUUUAUAUUCAUACUACUGAAAUGACCAUAUUAGUAAUAAGAAACAUAUUGUGAAAAUUUCAUGCAAUUGUUCUUAAACGUGCGAACAGACUGAAAAGGCAAUU